AAGCGGCACAAAACGGCACAAAACGCCACAAAACGCCACAAAACACCCGCUAAAACAUCAAAGAACAACGACCAAGAGAGGGAAUGUCAACUGUGAAAAGGAGAAUUGGUUAUUAAACCAGUUCUUGUGUUUUAUUUCACAGCAGCAAAUGGAUUUUUGUGGCCCCUGAGAUUUGAGUUGCUUAUUUAUUUCUCAUUGCCAACUCCCUCUCGCCUCCCCCAUAAUUGUCUUGCGUCCCAGCUAGUUCUUGGACUAUGAGUAGCGAUUCUGCUCCUCGCCAAAUCAACAAAAGGUCAGUGCUAAGGAAAGGCACCUGAUUUGUACAGAAGAUGAAGCGUGCCUCGUGGAUGCUGAAGCAUUCCACGUCCUGUUUGGAGAGACGUUUGUGUGGAUGGCAGAGUUUACUGAAACAAAAUGGAAGGCAAGCACUGGGAUGUAACAGAAAUAUUUACAGUGAAACAGGGACAUGGGAGAGAGAUUAUCGACCUGAAACACGGAAAAGUGUAGAGGAGUAUUGGCAUUCAAGAAUAAAGGAGCAAUUUCAAAUUAUUUCUGAAACUGAUAAAUCAAAGCCAAAGUGUUAUGUGCUUUCCAUGUUCCCAUAUCCUUCUGGGAAGCUCCACAUGGGGCAUGUUCGAGUGUACACCAUCAGUGACACAAUGGCCCACUUCCAGAGAAUGCGUGGAUUUCAGGUCUUGCAUCCAAUGGGAUGGGAUGCAUUUGGCUUGCCGGCAGAAAAUGCUGCAAUUGAGCGUGGCUUGGAUCCAGAAGAGUGGACAAAAAGUAACAUUGCACACAUGAAAGAGCAACUUCAUAGACUUGGUCUGUGCUUUGAUUGGAAUAAGGAAGUGACCACUUGCCAGUCUGACUAUUACAAGUGGACACAAUUCCUCUUUCUCAAGCUGUUUGUGGCUGGCAUGGCUUACCAAAAAGAAGGACUGGUCAACUGGGACCCAGUGGAUCAGACAGUGUUGGCAGAUGAGCAGGUCGAUGAAAAUGGCUGCUCCUGGCGCUCUGGAGCAAAGGUUGAACAAAAGUACCUCAAACAGUGGUUCAUCAGGACAACAAACUAUGCCAAGUCUUUGCUGGAUGCCCUGGAAGGCCUUCCUGAUUGGUACGGUGUCAAAGAAAUGCAAGCAAACUGGAUUGGUGCUUGUACUGGAUGCUAUUUUGACUUUGAGUUAAAGGUGAAUGGUGAAAAGGUUGGUGAAAAGCUUGCUGCAUAUGCCUUCGUUCCAGAGGCCGUUUAUGGAGCGUCCCAUCUAUCCAUCUUGCCUAGUCAUAGAUUGCUACAUAGCGACAGUAAGCUGAGACAUCUGCUUCAUGAGCAAUUCAUAUCUGAUACGGAUUGCCGAACUCCAGUGACUGCUGUAAACCUUUUAAAUGGUCAAGAAAUUCCUCUUAUAAUUUCAGCCAAGGAAGAGUUUGAAGAUCGUCUCGACACUGUCAUAGGUAUUCCAUGUGUAAAUCCAGAAGAUUCUGCAGUUGCACAAAAGUUGGAUCUGCAGUGGAGAGAGGUCUUUGAGACUUUACCUGAUGGUACAGAAAUAUUACGGAAUUCUGGUGAGUUCACAGGACUAGAUAGACGAUCUGCAAUUCAUGCCAUACUAAAGCAUGCAAGGGACCUUGGAAUUGGUGGCCAUUUUACGAGUACAAAAAUGCGUGACUGGUUGAUAUCCCGGCAACGUUACUGGGGGACGCCUAUUCCCAUCAUCCAUUGCCCGUCUUGCGGCACUGUGCCAGUUCCUUAUGAAGAACUUCCUGUACCUCUGCCCAAACUCAAGUCAUUUACAGCCAAAGGAACUUCCCCACUAUCUACAGCCUCCGAAUGGUUUAAUUGUACAUGUCCUAAGUGUAAGGGCGCUGCCAAACGAGAGACCGACACCAUGGAUACAUUUGUGGAUUCAGCCUGGUAUUACUACAGAUACACUGAUCCUCAUAACAGUCAGAAGCCCUUUGACACCUUAUUAGCGGACUUCUGGAUGCCUGUAGAUCUGUACAUUGGAGGGAAAGAGCACGCUGUCAUGCAUCUAUACUAUGCAAGAUUCAUAAGUCACUUCUGCAAUGAUCAAAACAUGGUCAAAUACAGGGAACCUUUCCAUAAACUCCUUGUUCAUGGACUUAUGAAGGGGAAGACAUAUCGAUUGCCAUCGAAUGGCCGGUAUCUGAAAAACGAAGAAAUAAGUUUCAGUGGCCCUGAUCCAGUCCAUGCUCAGACCUCUGAGAAACUCCAGAUCACCUGGGAAAAGAUGAGCAAAUCCAAAUAUAAUGGCGUUGAUCCAGCAAUAGUAGUCCAGCAGUAUGGAAUUGAUACCGUGCGCCUGUACAUUCUGUACGCUGCCCCUCCUGAGCAAGACAUUCUAUGGGACAUUAAAACGGAUGCCAUUCCUGGUGUCCUGAGGUGGCAAGUGCGGCUCUGGGCCCUGGUUACAAAGUUGAUUGAUGCUCGGAACGCUGGUGCACUGCCCUAUCCGGACCUACUUAAUGAAAAGGAGACAUCAGAAGCCAAAAGGAUGUGGCAGAGCAAAAACUACGCCAUUUCUCAAGUAACCAGCUACUUGACCAAGGAUUUCCUGCUGAACGCUGCAAUAUCUCGGCUAAUGGGUCUUACAAACACUUUAUCACAAGCUCCUCCUCGGGUAAUACUCCAUAGCAGGGAAUAUGAAGAGGCUCUAGUGGCCUUGUGCAUUAUGGUGGCUCCUAUGGCUCCACAUCUGGCAUCAGAGUUAUGGAAAGGUCUUUCCAGUGUUCAAAAUAAGUUUUCCACUCUCUGUCAAUGGAACACUGAUGUACUUCUUCAACAAUGGCCAAAGGUGGACCCAGUGUAUAUGCAGCAGCCAGACACUGUGCAGAUGAUAGUCAGGAUCAACAACAAGGUCUGUGGCUCGGUGAAUGUGCCCCAACAUGUGGUGAAGAAUGCAGAGCGGGUGCAAGAGCUGAUCCUUCAGAGUGAAUUAGGGAUCAGGCAGCUGCAGGGUCGCCCCAUCAAGAGAGCCAUCCUUUCUCCCAGGGCCACUCUCAUCAACUUUCUAGUGGAAUAAUAAACUUGUGAAUGCAACCUUCGUGACAGGUGUGAGUUAAGUCGUCACUUUAAACAUUGCUAGGAUAUCAAGAGGUGGACCCUCAAAUUACCAAGGUCGUUUUGAUGGUUUGUAUAUUGUUGCUAUCAGCUGCUUACUCCAGUCUGGAAACCUUCAGUAAAGGUGGGGACUUACAAGGCAGACAGAUGAUGCCUUAUCUCCUUGACGAAAUGCUGUCAAUAAUAAUGUUGAUCAUUCACUCUUGGCUGGAGUAUAGGACAUGUGAUAGAACACUGCUGCAAUGGACAGAAGACCGAAGUUCGAAAGUCAACAAUUACAGAUGCUCGAAAUCUGAAAUAAAAAAACAGAAAAGGGCUGGAUAAACACAGCAUAUCAGGAAGUGACAAUGGAGAGAGAAGCAACAUUACUGUUUCAGAUCAAUGAUUUUUUUCUGAGUAUAUUCUUUAUAUACAAAACUGAAGUUGUUGGUUUGUGUAAUCAAAGUGUUUUGGACAAAUAUUGUACAAUGUUAUAUGAUCUCCAAGUCAAAAUUCUCCACAUUUUAUGUUCCAUCCAUCGUCAAUUAUUUUGCAAACGCAAUGAAUUAACAUCAACCGAAACAAAGUCCCAGGAGUUUUUGUUUAAUGAUGAGAUAGAUAAUAAAAUAAGACGGGAAUUUUUAGAAGUAAUAAUGCACAAACAAGCCCAUUUUCCCCAUUCAAUGAAAAAAUAACAUGUGUGAUUAUUUGUGUAGGAAGGAACUGCAGAUGCUGGUUAAAAUAAACUGAUGAUAGACACAAAAAGCUGGAGUAACUCAGCAGUUCAGACUGCAUCUCUCCAAUUGGUUUUAAGUUUUAUGUAGCAGUGUUUUAUACAAAAACGAAAUACAAGUCCUAGAAAUCGGUAAUAAAAACAGAAAAUCUCAAAA